AUGCCCUCCUCAACAGCCCCCCUCAUCCGUGCCUCCAACAAAGCAAAUGCACACAAACCUGAAAUCCCAAUCAGUUACGACAUUAACAUCCCCUACGUCGACGUCGAAAAACAAUCCAAAAUCAAAACCCCAUACCCUCAAUACCUCCCCACCUGGGAUCCAAUCUGGUUCGACCCCCUCCCACCAUUCGAAUACAACGACCCAGCCCUGCGUGCAGCAAAACACAAACCAAACCUCCUCCCUGCAAGCAACACAGGCAUAAAAUUAAACCAUAUCCAACCAAACAUCGGCACAGUCGUCGAAGGAAUCCAACUAAACUCCCUAUCCGACAAAGCAAAAGAUGAACUCGCCCUCCUCAUCUCAGAGCGCAAAGUCCUCGCCUUCCCAGACCAGGAUUUAAUCGAUGACGGUCCGGACGCUCAGGAAUCUUUCAUGCGCUACUUCGGUAAACCGAACUACCAGCCCGUUUCGGGGACUAUUCGCAAUCACCCUGCUUUUCAUGUCAUUCAUCGCGAUGGAAACCGCGAGGAAAUCGCUCGCUUCCUUGAAGCUCGCACUACGACAACACUCUGGCAUCAGGAUGUUAGUUACGAGAUUCAGCCUCCCGGUUAUGUGAUGCUGGGUCUUCUUCAGGGACCAGAUGUUGGCGGUGACACUGUCUUCAGCGCAACGGAUAUGGCGUAUAAACGACUCAGUCCGACAUUGAGGGGUUUUCUGGAUACGUUGAAGGCAGUGCAUUCUUCUGCGAAAAUGAUUAAUCAUACGAAAUUAACUGGUGGUCUUGUGCGGAAGGAUGCCGUUGAUAGUGUUCAUCCGCUUGUUAGGGUUCACCCUGUUACUGGGGAGAAGUGUUUGUUCCUGAAUCAGGAAUUUAUUACGAAGAUUCCUGGUCUUAAGGAGCCCGAGACGAAGUGGAUGUUGGAUUUCCUUAUGAAUCAUAUUAUUACCGGUCAUGAUUUUCAGGCUAGGGUUAGAUGGCAGCCGAGGACUAUUGUUAUGUUUGAUAAUCGGUCGACGACUCAUUCCGCUAUUGUGGAUUACUUGGAUGAUGAGUACGGUGCCAAGGCGCGUCAUAUCUUCCGCCUUAUUGCGCUGGGCGAGAAGCCGAUUCCGGUUUAUGACGAGUUUGACGAGUGA